CAGAAAAACGGACAUGGAGAGGAAAAUCGAGAUAGUCCAGUUUGCGAGCCGCACGCGGCAGCUGUUCGUCCGCCUGCUGGCCCUGGUGAAGUGGGCCAGCAACGCCGGCAAGGUGGAGAAGUGCGCGAUGAUCUCCAGCUUCCUGGACCAGCAGACCAUCCUGUUUGUGGACACGGCCGACCGGCUGGCGUCGCUGGCCCGGGACGCGCUGGUCCACGCUCGCCUGCCCAGCUUCGCCAUCCCCUUCGCCAUCGACGUGCUGACCACGGGGUCGUACCCCCGCCUGCCCACCUGCAUACGAGAUAAGAUCAUUCCUCCAGACCCCAUCACUAAGGCGGAGAAGCAGGCGACGCUGAGCCAGCUCAACCAGAUCCUCCGGCACCGCCUGGUCACCACGGACCUGCCGCCGCAGCUGGCUAACCUCACCGUCGCCAACGGCCGUGUGAAGUUCCGUGUGGAGGGCGAGUUCGAGGCCACGCUGACGGUGAUGGGAGACGACCCCGACGUUCCCUGGAGGCUGCUGAAGCUGGAGAUCCUGGUGGAGGACAAAGAGACGGGGGACGGCCGAGCCCUGGUCCACAGCCUGCAGGUGAACUUCAUCCACGAGCUGGUCCAGGCCCGGCUCUGUGCAGACGAGAAGCCCCUGCAGGACAUGUACAACUGCCUACACUCCUUCUGCCUGUCGCUGCAGCUGGAGGUUCUGCACUCUCAGACGCUGAUGCUGAUCAGGGAGCGAUGGGGAGACCUGGUGACGGAGGAGAGAUACCUGCCGGCCAAGUUCCUCACGCUGUCCGUCUGGAAGUAA